UAGAGAAGCAGUUGACAGCAGUGGAGAGCAGGCCGAAGUGGGUAAACAAAAUAAACAUAUGAAAAAAAAGAGCGAAAACAACCCAGAAGUUUGAGCUAAUUUUGUAUCCGUAGAAUGUGUAACAUUGUUCUGACGCGGUUUAAAGUCCGUUAAAGAAGCAAGUCGGUGGCAAAGAGAGGGCGUGCACCUGUCAAAGCUAAAUAGGUUAACGCAGCUAACGUGUGCUAGCACGUUAGCAAGCUAGCUAGCUUGUCGAACCCGUUCAGGGUAGCUGCCUGGCCGGCCAUGUCGUCCCCUUCCUCCUCCAGGCGCCAGUGGUGCUACCUGUGCGACCUGCCAAAGAUGCCCUGGACUGUGGUGUGGGACUUCAGCGAGGUGGUCUGCCGUGGCUGUGUGAACUACGAGGGUGCUAAUCAGAUUGAAUUCUUGAUAGCGAGCGCCAGACAGUUGAAACGAACUCACGGGAUGCAGGACGGUAACGUCAGGUCACCUGGUCCCUCGCCCAAUAAGCACGGCACAUCUGGCAGAGGAGAGGCGGCAGCAGACGGGGGCAGGCCUCACGCCGACCGCUUCGACAGGGGAGGAAGAGGAGAAAGCACCGGGUCAGCGGUUCGCGUGCCGCCCAACGGGCUGCACCGUGACGGGCAGCCGCCUCAAGAAGUGAACCGUCAGAGCCCAAGCGGCAGCCGGAGACCCAUGCUGGGUGCUGCCAUCCCUCCUAGUCUAGUAACUCAGAGCAUCGCAGGGAUUCCCCAUGGGCUACUUGCGGGCAUGCCGGCGGGUUUGACCGCCAGAACAACCCCCAUGAGCAGCCCCAUGAUCUUCCCUGCCCCGGUGCUGGCCGAGAUGAGCCGCAGACAGCUGGGAAUAGGUAUGGGGAUAGCCCCUUUUAUCACUCCUGAGCUGGAGCGAGAGCUCAGUUCGUCCCAGAACCAGCCUAAGACACAGACGCAGGUCCACACUGCUGUGGCUGGCAGCAGCGCCAGCAAAAGUACAGGCCUCCCUUCCUCGUCCUCCUCCAUGGCAGGAGGUGUGAGUCAGACAAGCCCCAAACCUGCUUCAUCUCCAGCCAGGCAGCCACGCCCCCUAGCCGCGAGGUCCGGAGGGGAGCCCCUGGGAUCUAGCACCUCAGCGGAAGCAGCCACCACAGCUGCAGCGUUACCCCACGCUGGUGCGUCUGAGCUGGGAUCAGCGUCCACCAGCAACACCCAUUCCACCGGAAAUACUCUGUCCUGCACCUUGUGUCACGAAAGGCUGGAAGACACACACUUUGUUCAGUGUCCAUCAGUGCCAGGGCAUAGGUUCUGCUUCCCCUGCACCAGGGUGUACAUCCAGAGCCGACGGGGAGAUGGGGAGGUGUACUGCCCCUCUGGAGAGCGCUGUCCGUUGGAUAACUCCCCCAACAGUCCCCCUUGGGCCUUCAUGCAGGGAGAAGUCUCCACCAUUCUGGGCACUGCUGGAGCAGGAGCUGCAUCAGCUGCUGCGUCUGGAGCUGGGUCAGGGUCUGGAACUGCACCUGCAUCUGGCGCCGGGAGCGGAGCUGCCAGUGGAGCCGGAUCUGGGAGCGGAGACGUCACUGUCAAGAAAGAGAGAGAGACGUGAUGGUGAUCUCCAUGGAAACUAAGACUCAACACAGCAGCAGAGUCGUAUCGCAUACCAAAAGGAGAUGUCUGCACUGGACCGCUGACAGAUCCAGUAGAGAGGCAUCGCAUCGACCCACAGUUCAAAAACCUCUUUUACGCAGGUCUUCACUGCACCUACUCACACCGCCCAGUUUCAUCAACAUCAUCUGACUGAAACGUUGCAAUGACUGCCUUCACAAUCGUCAUCAUUCAUUUCCGUUUUUCACGCUGACUUUCCAACUUUUAACCAAAAUUCGGAUGAAAAAUCAAAUUUCAUGAAUCACUUUAAAUUUCCAAGUGUAUCCGUUGUAUUGCGAGCUCACCCUCACCAACUCAGCGGAGAUCUACAUGAAAUAACAGCACAACUUUAUCAAGACAGCGAAUGUUGUAACUGAGCAUAUAAAUGAUAUCCAGGUCCAAUCACCAGCUGAACAGUGGCUACUUCUGUAGAGUUAGCAGUAGUUAUGCCAGUUGAAACAGUUGAUGGUGGCCACAUUAGCACUGGCAGCUUUACUGUUAGCAGCUGGGAAUAAACAGGCUGAGGCAACACACAGACGACACCGCAGCACAUGCAGCAAGCGGUCAGAUCUCAGACGGUAAAUACAGGUUCGGAGCUGAAACAGGUUGGAAGUUAACUCUUAGACAAAAUGCCGUUUUCCCUGCCAGUGCUUGGUAUAAAUUUAAUAUUUGUGCUUCAACAAAUACAAUUUAAAUGAACAACUGACAUGAAAUUGACAGUUUGACGACAAAGUGCACCUUAAAUUUGAAAUACAGAUUCAUUGUAUUUUUAUUGUUAAAUGACUGAAUCCGUGUCCUGGCUCACAAUCAAACGGAAAAACUCUACACGGAAACACCUAAACAUGCGAAGCGAAGCGAGGUGUGGACAGAGCGCUAGUGGUGACAUCUCUCGGUACAUGUGUGCAUUUGUUUUUUGUCCACUUUGACUCAGAGAAAGGAGAAUGUUUGCUGUGUGGAAACAACCGGUUCAUCUGGCAGAGCAUCGACGAGCCACAGACUCUGUUUGACUGUAUGUAAAUGUUGCUUUCAUAUAAGAUCCAGCCCAGCCUACACUUUACCCCGAAUGUAUAUGACAAGAUAUCUAUUGAUAGACCUAGGACUAUAUUUUAUACUAGAAUGUUAAAUGUUCUGUACUGUGUAGACCUAUAAUAGUAUGUAUGUGCAAUCUUUAGUCAUAGUAUAUGCAACAGUUUGGAAUAUGUCAUUAAAAAUGAUUGCGUAUCUUUUCCUUAACCUCUCUCAAAACUACGAGACAGCUUCGUAUGAUGUGACGCUUCUGAGGAAUCAGUAUUCAAAAGUAAAUUCUGAAAUCAUCAGCAUUACAACCAACUUAUGCUGAUUUAAGCAAACAACCACAGAAGUCUGUUGAGUUUCUUUUCAGUUGAACAAAUGUGGAUGACCACACACACAGUACAUCUGAUCCUGUUUUGUCACAUUUUCAGACUUUGACAGUGACAUGAAUAAGUUAAAGGACUUAAUGUUCCUUAAUUGAACAAUUCAACAUUUUAAUACUCGUGUUAAAAGUGAUUCUUUUUUUUUUUUUUUUUUGGUGGAUUCUUUAUGUGCAGUGCGUAUAGAAGCACAGACAAUCCAAAGGUAAUUUUAUGUCCAAGCUGAUGUUUCUGGAUGUAAAUGUUUUAUGGAAAAAUAUAUAUAUAUUGCUAUACUUCUUAACCGGUUUUCUUCAUCAAGCCGUUACGGUUUACAGGCCCCUGUGGUCUACUGUACUUGUGGGAUUUUACAUAAAAAAGUCUAUAGUAUUCAGCAGACAUGGGCCUAUAUCCCACAGAUCAGGUCUGUUGUAGAGAAAUGUCUGAAGAAGUGGAGUUUAAGUUUAAUAUGCACUGAUACAUCAUGCAAUCCCUUGUUAAGUGCCUUUUUAAAAUGUUUACCGUCUGUUUGUGUGUCUGGAAACCUCAGGGGAAGUAGGAGUGCAAUGGCUUUUUUAUUGUCUAGUCAAUGAUUAACCUGAAUCUGUUUCCCUUCAAUCGCCAUCAGACGGCUUUUGCUUUUAUCUGAAGCCUUUGUAAAGUCAGUGGGCCGUUCUUUGUCUGGAUACGGCCUCUCAUCGUCUCUCCCUCUUUCUCACUGUUCAGUUUCUUUUCAUUUGUGUUAUUUUUAGAACUGUUGGUUUUACUGCAGCUUCAUGUACAAAAUAGGAACAAAAAUAGAAAAGGAAUAAAUGGGAUGGAAACUUG